AUGUCUAUGCUCCGUGUAGCGUCAAUUUCAAGCGAGAACCCGCCACCUCCACCGGAUAUCCAACACAUUGAGGGGCAGCUUUGGUACGUGAAGGGGAAGAAUGGCCCAGGGAGAAAGCACGCAUCUCUGCAGUGGGUCGUAUGCGAAGACCAGCGACUCUCUAUAUACAGCAGCUGGGCGAAUAGCCGCCGCCUCAUAGAGGAGAUGUGUUUUGAGCGGGUGCAUAUCUUGUUUGACUUUCUACACCCACACAAGCAUCCGGAGGUGCUAGGCAGCGGUGCCCCGCAGACGCGUCGCCUGUCGAUUCACCGAAACGAGCCCCGCACCACAGCGGAGUUGCGCUACGCAUUUCAAAUACGCGACCCCUGCGACGUCAAAACCUUCGCCGGAUAUCACUACUUUGGGGUCGAGUAUGUGUUGCGUGACUUGUCGACGGAGAGGCUGCGGCGCAGCCUUGCAAUCUUCUGCACUGAUCAUCCAGAUGACCAUCGAAAGUGGCGUGACUUCUGGGAAGAGAUGCAGGUGCGGUACCCCAUGGUUCGGAAUCGAAGCGCCACAUCGAUGCCGAUGGACAUGAGCUCGGAGUUAAUGAGUGAAUUCCUGCUUCCCUCGCAGGCGGCGAGGCGGGCAGUAGAGGGACAAAGUAAACAAGAUACGGACUCGGUGAGCAGCUCAUGCUUGCCCUCGCCGAUCAACCAAGAUGACGACAACCUCACUGGUACACGUACGCCGGAGUGGACUGAUAGCGAACACAGGCAGCUUCACUCGAGGGGCAGCACACCACCUCCCCCCUUUGUGUUGCUAGGCAGUACCACCACCGAUGGCGUGCAUCAAAACCUACUAGGCAACUUGAGAGCUGGUGAUGAGAAGGUCCAGGCAGAGAGCAUUGCGCAGUGGAUUGCGCUGCUCGUCGAUGCGGAACGGCAGGCGCGGGAGGGGAUCGAGCUCAUAGAGGCAGCAACGCACAGCUUGCUGGAGGCUAACCAAAAGCUGCGCGAUCUUGCUUACCACGUGCUGCCAGCGGCAACCUUUCCCCCUUCUAUGGGCCUGGCGUGUGGUAAAGGCGAGGGCAGUGCAUGCGACGGAACCUCGGGUGGAGUGUCGAUCCGCGAUGGUGACACCAUACACUCCUUGCAAGCGGAGCUGAAGGAGUUGCUCGUAGCCCUCGAGGAGGUAAAAAGCGCCGCUGCCUACCCCACUUCAGCGCCGGAAGCGCUGGCAUCAGCGGAGUCUGUCGCGGCGUCGAAUCAAGAGCUGCUGGCGACAUAUGAGCGGGAGUUGGCGGAGCUGCGGGCUCAAAAUGCAACGCUAAGGAGCGAACUCGAUACUCAUGCAGCCAUCGCCACAGAACGUGUUGAGAGGGCACUAGACGAGUGGACUCGGGCCGGUGUCGUCGACAUUGCCGAUGGUGAUACGGAACAUGAGGGCAGCGGCCGUAGAGGCACCAAUGUGGUUUCUCCUGCGAGUAGGCAGCGGUACUUGACUGCGGAUGAGGCCCUCCUGCGAGCCUUGAUCGAGGCUGCGUUGGGACGAGAAUCAUCGACUGCUGCCUUCGCCGCUUCCAGCGGCUCCUCGUCCUCUGCACAGGUCAGCACUCAGGAUGGGUCUGCCUCCGAUCUGCAAGCGUCACACUCCGCUUCAUCAACCAACGCCGAUGAGCAUGAUGGGGCCAUUACUGCCGGACAAUCCUUAGGCACCGCAUCCGACUCUCAUCAGCCUUGGGGUGCACUCAGCAGAGAUGCCCGGCUCUCGAGUGCUAUGAGUGCGGCAGGAGCGUUGACAGCUUCACUGCCAGAAUUGGUGCAGCAGCACUUGAGCACGUUUGCCGCGGAGCACGAUCGCCGCCUUGGUGGCCCCGACUCCGCACCGUCUUCCUCAAUAGAAGGCGUUCUUUAUCAUGUGGUGGAUGAGGUCGUGACGGCCUUUAACCACAUGGUGAACGUGCCAGAGACAGUUGAAGGGGUCUCGAACGCUGAUGGCAGCGUUGCCGCGCCUGCUCGAGAAAUCACUGCGGUGUCAUCAUGGCUCUCCGUGCUGCAUCGAUGCCUCCUGCACAGGGUUGACGUGGUCGAAGCGGUGCGUGCCACCGGCACACGCGACAAGAGUCUGCUCUCUGCCGCUGAGUUUGGUGGGUCUACGGCGGAUGCAGGAGGCGCCGUUGAUUCCACCGCCGCUGAAGAUGGUGCGAUUCAAUGCCGUCCCCCCGCUGCGGCCUCCUCAGAUACGCGACGUAGAGGCUCGCUGCCACCGCUCACAGACGAAGAAAUAUCCAUCAUAGGCGACCUUCGCCGCUCCGUCCAUGACCUAGUGGCGUGGAUUCUCGAUCUUCUAGCUGAAAGGCAGCAGUACGCGACUUCUGUGGCGGCUUUAGACUCCAUGACGUGUCAGCACGAUGUGUUUCAGCCUCUGAAAGAGGUUCAAGCGGAAUUGGAGAGGACAACCGCGCGCUUUGAAGCCGCAGCGGCGGUCGAGAGUCGCGACAAUGUCGCAUACAGACACCGUGGAGUUACUACUCCGGACAUCUUGCCACUCGAGGCAGCUGCAGCCUCUAGCGGCGCUGACGGUGACCCCGAGUAUUCUGAGAAGCAUACUGCAGGUAGUUCCGAUACGCUCAAAGUAGAGCACCGCCUCAAGGCACGACUGCAGCACGCUAUGUCCGCCUUUGAUAGCGCAUGCGCGGAGGCUGUGGCGCUGCGGCGUUUGCUGACCACAAUCCUCUAUGGGAGUGAGGUGCCGCUUCGAAGUGCAGACUCGACCGAUGGUGUCGUUGCGGCGGCAACGACCAAUGCAGCUGCAGCGUGUGAAGCGUUCCGCGCCGCUCAAGACGCGGGCAUUGACGGAGUGGACAAGCUUCGAGGAGCUGCAGAGGCAUCAGUGGCGGUGAGAGCGAGGGAGGAGGUGUGGGCUAACACUCUCACGCCAGCUGUGCUACAGGCGUGUGCGGAUGCGCUCGUCGGUGGUCCAUGUAUCCAGGACGUGGUACACUCAUUGCAGCUGAUACUCGGGCGUUGUCCUGAAAUAGACGGCAGCCCUAAGUGGGUUGGAGGCGCCGCUGAUGUACUGCCCCUCUCGAAAGAGAGUAUAUGGAGCCUCGUGCAGGAGCUUCACCAGCGCCUCGCUGCGGAGCAGGCCCGCUGCAAUAAGCUACUUGGUGGGGUGAUGCUGAUAUCCGCCUCACUUGCUUCUUCGGAGAGUGAGCUGCUAGCGGCAGCCUACUCGACUGCGAUGGCGGCAACGGCCAACGCAAGUGCCAUGACAGACGAGGCCUUGAAGUCGUGGGCGGCGUACAGCAACAACUCUAAUGAAGUGACGCCGGAAGAGCAACGUUGUCUUCACGAGCCUGCGGAGACAAAAGCCAACCCUCGCCUCUCCUCUUUUCCCGCAGCCUGUGGGGGAGAGAAUGCUCUCCACGAGGCUGUCCACACCGACCUCAUCGUGACUCUGACUAGCGCGGAGGGCGCGCGCGAUUUACGUAGCACUGCUUUAGACACCGCAUGCUCCCUUCUGCCGAACUUAACUGCCCGUAUCGCCGGCACAGAAACAACGCUUUGGCGGCUUGUAGGGGAUCUCCUCCUACACGGCGCAGGUACAGGUGUGCCCUCGCUGGAGGUCUUGCUUGCCCUCCCAAUCGUGAACCACACCGGUGUUCCAACUGCUGUCGACGCCAGUGAGAAAGAUGGAGUGUCAUUGGGUGACCACAUGAGGGUGGCCGGAAAUGCAGUCGAGGAGCUACUGAGUGAGAGUGAGGAGGCGGCACGUGGGCGACGUGAGUGGAUGCAGCAACUCCUGCGGUGGCUCAAAGACUUUCCUCUGGCGUCGGCGAGUGACGCCGCACCUGAACUGGCAUCGGGGUUACAGUGUGAUGCGUCCACCGCGCAUGAGGUCUAUGCUCAGCUGCUGGAGGAGCUUGCCGCCGCGGAGAGCGAGUUCAUGAGUAGAGUCGGUGCGGUGGGGGCACUACUGCGGAAAACAAGCUGUGUGCAUACCAUCUCAGUUCCUGAGAUGAGCAACGAAGCAGGAGGUGCUGAUAUUGCAAUGCUUGCGGCUGCUGCCUCGGCGGACAUAGCGGAGGCUCUGCAUGUUUCCGAAGCGCACAUCAGCGUGACGGAAGCUUCCGUCGAUCCCGUCCAACGUGUGGUACAGGUGAGUGCGACCAUUGCUCAUCACCCACACGCACUGACGCGUGCAGCCGUGCUUGGUUCCGUGCAUGCCUGCCCGUGUGCACGCGUGCGGGAAGCGUUAAAAGGCGCACCAGCCAAUUCUGCUACGACGGCUUCCAGCAUGAACGAGCAGAGCACAGCACGGCCAGUGACUGUGGACUCGCCAGAGGGCAUGGACGCCGUAAGCUGCCUCUCCACAAGCCUGCUGCACCGCGCGGCAAAGAUAGCUGCCGUCGUCGAGUUUGAGAAACGAGUACUUGCGCUACUACCGACAGCGCAGGACACAGCCGUGGCGAACGUCAGAAUGUCUACUAUAGAUGCAAUGCCGGCUUGCAAGGCAGGGCAGACCUUGGCCGCUAUGCUCGCUACCGAACUCGAUAUCAAUCCUCCAGAGGCCAACUUUGAAGUUGCUCCCACGGUAUUCCCAUCACUUCUCCAGAGCCUUGCUUCCUACCUGCAAGAGCUUCACGACAUCGUCCUACCUGUUCUGCAUCACCGCAUCAUUAACCCUGAAAAAGCGUCCUUAGAGAAACUGCGUACCGCCGUUGACGCUCUACACGACGCCGCCAUAGAAAAGAUGCCACACGUCACGCUUGAGCAACUUUCCUGCAUUGACAAUACCACUGGUAUGCCGUGGCCAGAGGCCCUCAACACAGCCAACCUUCGUGAUCUUCAUUUCAUCAUCGACCACCUAUCCACCACAGCAAAACAAGCAGUAUCGCUCAAUUUCACCGAUGAUCUAUUUCAUCACCUCCGCGCCACCGCCGAGAGCCUUGGCGUGCCGCCGGACGCGUACGCUGGCGAGUGUAGCGGCGAGCGGGUGCCGACGGCCGCGCAGCUGGCGGAGCGUGCUGGCGCUGUUGUGUGCGCCCGUGCUGAGGAGGCGGCAGGGCUGCGCAGCAUCGCCGAGAGCCUUGGCGUGCCGCCGGACGCGUAUGCUGGCGAGUGUAGCGGCGAGCGGGUGCCGACGGCCGCGCAGCUGGCGGAGCGUGCUGGCGCUGUUGUGUGCGCCCGUGCUGAGGAGGCGGCAGGGCUGCGCAGCAUCGCCGAGAGCCUUGGCGUGCCGCCGGACGCGUACGCUGGCGAGUGUAGCGGCGAGCGGGUGCCGACGGCCGCGCAGCUGGCGGAGCGUGCUGGCGCUGUUGUGUGCGCCCGUGCUGAGGAGGCGGCAGGGCUGCGCAGCAUCGCCGAGAGCCUUGGCGUGCCGCCGGACGCGUACGCUGGCGAGUGUAGCGGCGAGCGGGUGCCGACGGCCGCGCAGCUGGCGGAGCGUGCUGGCGCUGUUGUGUGCGCCCGUGCUGAGGAGGCGGCAGGGCUGCGCAGCAUCGCCGAGAGCCUUGGCGUGCCGCCGGACGCGUACGCUGGCGAGUGUAGCGGCGAGCGGGUGCCGACGGCCGCGCAGCUGGCGGAGCGUGCUGGCGCUGUUGUGCGCGCCCGUGCUGAGGAAGCGGCAGGGCUGCGCAGCAUCGCCGAGAGCCUUGGCGUGCCGCCGGACGCGUACGCUGGCGAGUGUAGCGGCGAGAUGACUUCCACAUGUUCCAAUGUGCUUGGAGGUAUUGACAGUCUGGUGAAGCACUGUAAGAGUGCUGAUGAAUUGGCGUCGAGAAGUGCCUGUGAAUUGCAGGCUGCUGUUAGCGUUUUGGUGAAGUUGUGGGAAGCUGUGGAGGAGGCAGGAGUCGUGACCGCGGACCUGAGAGAUGGUUGGUGGGCUGUUGGUGGCCUCAGGCGUUGGGAAGUUGGUGCCGAACUCAUCUGUGGGCUUUCUGCGGCGGUGGAAGUGUCGCGGGAGGAGGUUGGGGAUGCCUCGGAGCGCAUUAAGCUCUUCGAGGAGCAGCUGGUGGACGUGGAACGUGACCAGAACGAGUCUCGUGAGGCGAUCACAGCUGCGGUAGAGAAACUGCGUGGUGGACUAGAGGAGGUGAAUGCUGAGGAUAACGGUGAGAUGUCCCCUCCUUCUUCGUGUGGAUCGACGGUGUGCGGGCCUCUGUUUGCCAGUCUGCGACAACUCACAAGCGAGGUAUCGGAUGUCGCCUCUGUGCUGCGGCGAGUAAAGCAGGUGUUGGAAGAGCAUAAUGCUGAAGAGAAAUGCAUGCCGGAGCUGGAGGAGAUGAGCUUUCCUGCUUCACAGGGGGACGGUAGUGACGGGCUCAUGGCGGGCAAGGUAGUCAUGUACGAGGAUGUGGUUGCUGGCGUACGUGCGAAGGUAGACGCCUUGAGGAAGGAGCGGGCAAAGCGACUUGAGACAGAUAGCGUUCUGAAGAACUUCUUGAGUGCUGUUGCCGAUCAAGGCUCGUUUACCUCCGAGGAACCGGUGUCCCGUCCACCGUCGCUGACAUUGCGCCGAUGCAUGAAGCCUAAGGCGAAGCCGCAGCCAGCGGAUUUAGAUUCCAGCGUCACGGAGGAGUUUGCCUUGCUACGCACACCAUUGCAUUUGCCUGCUAGCAAUGACAGCACCGCCACGCCACUUGGGCGCAGUUGCAGUAUCCCAGUACCACUGGCCUCCUGGGCUACCGGUGACAUGCUGGAGAAAGUGUGUCACCAUAUGAACGAGGCCGAGAACGCAGUCAGGAUAAUGCGGGUUGCCGUUGCUGCGGCGUACGAAGCACUGGGCGGCGAGAAUGACGUGGUACACGCGUCAGACGACGAGGCAGCCCGGCUUCUGGUGGAGCUGGCGCGGAAUACCGCUGUCAGCAUCGAGUCUGUUAGGAGCCUUCUGGACCCACUGGAGAGGCGUGACGCUCCGACUGGUCAACGUGAGUCGCUUGCGCAACUGAUGGAUCGCAUCAAGGGAAAACUUGGCAGCAGCUCUGGGUGCUCCAUGCCCACCGUAUUGCAGGUGGUGGAGGAAGGUAUGCAGCUUAUGCACAACGAAGCCAACUCCUCGCGUCCAUCACCGAGGUCGUCGGUGAAUCGGCGCCUGCCGCGCAAACAGAAACCUGUGUCGCCGGAAGUGGUGGGCUCAGAGAGCUUUUCUCUCACCCAUCAGGUGACGUACAGCCGCGACAACUCCUUGUCGUCACUGGCCUCGACGCUGCGGGUGCUGCCUCUGCCGCCUCCUGGCUUACCAACUUCGGCUGAGGAUUUCGAGAAGAAGAUUGGGUGCCGUAUGAAAGAGCUGGAUGCGCUACGACGUGGCUGUAGCAUUGCCCUCAGAACUCUAGACUCCUCGCUGAAAGUCUCUGAUAUGGACUGCGACACCAUGGUCAUGCAUCUGGUGGGACGCUGUAACGACGUGCAAACAGCGAUGCAGAUCACGGAUGCUGUCUUUGAGGACGAAAACAUGAUAUCAGAGCUGAGUUCCGCGAAGACGUUGUACAGCGCCAGCAACCGUUCCGCAAGCGAGCACCCGCUGCUGAUGCGCUGUAGCACUCUUGUUAGUGCCGUCAAGUCCCUCAGCAACGUGUGCGAGUCGAUGCGGCACACGCAGGCCAACAUGGCGAAGCAGCAGCGUUUUCUCAUCCACAAUGAAGCUCAAAACACAAGUGAGAUGCGACGGGCGCUGUUGGAGUUAGAGGAGAAGCUGCGCGACGCCAAUGCAGAGCUGAUGGAGUCGCACAAAGUGAGAGAGGCAACGGAGAAGAAGGCAGCUGAGGUGUCGUGUGCUUUGGAGAUGGCGCAGAAUCAGCUCUCAAACCUGCAGAACGUCCGAAACGACAUGGAGGAGUCACUGACGCAGCUCAAGCAACAGCAUGACGAAGAUGCUUAUGAGCUAGAUCGAGCCGAGGAGAAACUGAACACCUUGUCCAACUCUGUUUCUAGGCUGCAAGAGUCUCUGGAGGUGGCUAGUGAUGUUGUGCGUGAGGAGGUGUUGGGGGCGUGCCAGCGGCUUCACUUAGCUGUGAUAGGAAGGGAGAUGCCAGAGCCUGAGAUACCUGCCGAAGGCAGGUCGCAAGAGUUACUUCUUCCGGCUCUUCAUGUCAUCACCAAGGCACUGCAGAGCGCCAUGGAGGAGACCACCCGGUUUGCCACCAGGGACAAGGGAAUUGCGACUGCGUUUGCUGAGGAGCGUGUGCAUGCUGCACAGCAGGCCGCGGCGCUGAGGGGUGAGCUUGCCUCCAUUGCAGAAGCGAAGGAGGUGGCAGAGGCGAGAGCCAAGGCCACCGCGAAGCACCUGAAGCAGACCGAGGACGCUUUUGAGGACGAAGUUGCGAAACUGAAGCGGGCUCUUCGCAACAGCGAGGCUAUGCUGGAGGACGAGGAGGCGAAUCACCAGCGUCGGUUGCGCCAGGCCCAGGCCGCUGCAGAAGAUCAGCUGGCAGCGGUACAACGGCGCUUAGACUCUGUCAUGUGUGUGCAGGCAGAGGAGGCGCGGCUGCGAGUGGCAUCUGAGGAGAACGUACAGAAGUUGCGUGACGCUCUCGCAGAGGCGGAGUCGGAGCUGGCCCGACAGCAGCGCCACGCAGCUGAGGAUGUCAUGACGCAACGUAAAGAGGACAUGCGGCGCAUAGAAUCGCUAGAAGCAGACCUUGCUGCAGCUCGCCUGCACAGCAACGAGUUGGCGCAGGCUCUUGGUCGCGCGACGCACGACGGUGUUGAUGCUGCACGGGCUCUCGAGGCAUCAGCGCAGGAUAUGGCCCAGUUAGCCGCAGAGCUGGCGGACACACGCGCGCAGCUGCGCACAGGGAAUGAGGAGUUGGCAAGUAUCUGUGCGACCAUAGCCUCAACUGGAUUAGCGUCGUCAAUGACGUCGUCUGCAUCCUUGCCAGCGCCACCAGCGAGGGCAACAGAGCUCCUGGAAGGACUCCUAGGUCAUAUUGCGGUGCUGCAGCGUGCGCUAGAAACCCAAGAAAUGGUGCAGCAACGGCGUCGCACCAGGGGUACACAGAGCGAGGAUUUUGUGGCCGAAACACUGGCGGCGUUCACAGCCAUCUGGGCCGCCGCGGUAAAAGCCGGACGCGCGCCAGCUCGGCUCAACGAAGAGUGGCUGACGCCGAUGGAUAAGGCGGAUGUUGUGUCGAACGUUCUGACGCGCGAUGACUCCCCGCGGUUAGAUGAUCUUGCGGCUACCAGACAGCGCCUGUUGGGUUUGUUGUGUCGCUCGCCGUUGCACUACCAAGGGGGAUCAGCAGCGCUAGGGCCUCUCGAGAAUGCCACUACGGCAGCCCUGCUUCAGACCUACCAUGAAGCAAUGGAGGGGUGCUACGGGGCUCAACAGGCUGCGCUUGAGCGAGAGCUUCGAGAUGCGCAUAGCAAAAUUCAGACUCUUUUGGCGCGGCUACAGGAGCAAGAGGAGCAGCACACGAUUGAGGCGACGGAGGUGGAGAUUCGCGUUAGGCACAUGCGCGCAAUGGUGCAAAGCAAGCUCAUGGCAGAUGAGAUUGCCGAGCAACGCAUGCGAGAGACGGAGGCUUCCGUGCACAGGCACUUCGUACUCGAGUCGUAG